UUCCAAGGAUCCAGUUAUUAUUACGGUACUUAUGGCAUCCGAUGAUCGCAAUGUCGUAGUACCUUUUUCGUCACGCCCUUGCAUUCCUAUCCCUCCCUCUACCGAUGGAGUCCAAGUCUGAGCUGACCCUGGCCAGCGAGCAUACUCGUUCCCCAACUCACGAUCUCAACCACCAUGUCGUCCAGCGCAGUCUUUUGCGCUCCAUUUUCAUCGUCGUGGCUUGCACCACUGCAAUGGUGGUUAAUACUGCCAAUUCUACUUCUGUCUCUAUCUCGCUCCCAACCAUCGAAAAGGAUCUAGAUAUGGACGAAGAACAGCUGCAGUGGGUUGUAUCUGUCUAUUCGCUUAGUUCGGGUUGCCUUCUCUUGUUCUUUGGCAGAUUGGCAGAUCUUUAUGGACGAAAAAAGGCAUUCAUGAUCGGUAAUCUCUGUCUAGUCACCUUUUCUCUUGGUUGUGGCUUUGCACAGAAUGGUCUUACCCUCGUAGUCUUGCGCGCUUUCCAAGGCGUUGGUGCCGCCGCUACAUUACCGUCUGCGCUCGGUAUCCUGGCGUAUUCAUUCCCUCCAUCUAGAGCACGCUCAAUAGCAUUCGCAACUUUUUCAGCGGGUGCUCCUGUCGGAGUCGCAUUUGGCACGAUGAUCGGCGGUGUUCUCACAGAAUUGUCCUCAACGCAUUGGCGCUCCGUAUUCUAUAUGAUUGCAGGAAUUUCUGCUCUAGCAGGACUUACCGGUAUGGUUGCAUUCGACUCAGAUGUUCCCUCAACAGAUUCCGUCGACUGGAUCGGCGCCUCGCUUGUCACCAUCGGUUUGGUCUUGAUUGUGUUUGUACUUGGACAAGGAGAACUCGCUUUGCAAGGCUGGAAAACUCCAUAUAUCAUUGUGCUUCUUAUUGUCGGGAUUAUCAUGGUUUCACUCUUCUUGCUUUGGGAACGAUACUUGGAGCAAGUUCAAGAUGAUCCAUCAAGAACACUGCCCGCAUGGACACCACCACCACUGAUGAGGCUCUCAGUUUGGACGCGAGCGAAGGGCCGGAUGGCUGUUAUUCUUGUCAUUGCAUUCCUAAAUUGGGGUGCCUUCGCGAGCUGGCUCUUCUGGGUUCAGUUGUACUAUCAAAACUACCUGUCGCUCACACCGAUACGAACUAUGGUCCGGCUUACUCCAAUGCCCAUUGUCGGCUGUUUAUGCAACAUUUUCGUUGCACUGGUUGUUGCUAAGUUGCCUCUGGUCGUCUUUGCAGUUACCGGAACGCUACUUACAGCAACUGCCAGCAUGUUAUUUGCCCUGAUCGACCCGUCCGCAACGUACUGGGCCUUUGGCUUCCCGUCUGCGGUUCUUAUCGUGUUUGGCGCUGAGUUUGUGUACUCCUCUGGUACACUUUUCAUCGCCCGAAACGCGCUCCCUCAUGAGCAGAGCGUGGCCGGAGCGCUGUUCCAAACUAUGACACAACUCGGUAUCGCAUUCGGUCUUACUAUAUCCACUAUGAUGUUCAACGAUGUGGUUGAAAAAAAGUCUGCUGACCUUGGCGUCACUGUCAACUCUGCUGGAACCAAUGCACCUCUGUCCGCACAGCUUGAAGGGUAUAGAUCUGCACAGUGGACCUCCGCUUUAUUUGCGCUUAUGGCCGCACUACUGGCAGUGCUUUUCCUCCGCAGUGUGGGGAUUGUUGGAGACAAGAAAGGUGUGAAGCAUGCUGUCUCUGAUCGGACCAAGACGCUGCAGCCUGGGUCAAAUGACGCCAAGAUACCCGCCGCCUCCGCCUGAUCAUAUAUCAUAAUUGACCAGGAACCUCAUGCCAUCAUUCAUGGACCCACCUCCGUAUUGGAUAUGGAGUCAUACUACAUAGACCGCAAUUCCGCGUUCGUCAUUUCCUCUCACUUACCGUAUAUAGUUUUGAGGAUACUCUCAUCACACUCAUUUAGUACGCGACUCAUUGUCGACCUUCCCUCAGUCUUGUACGUCCAUUCUUUCCUAGUUACACGACUCGUUGCUGAUUUAUCGUAGGAUUAAUCACAUCUUGGUAUCUAGGUGUUUACUUACUCCGCGCUUGUUCAAUCAUACCACCGUUUCCGAAUCGAACCGACAUUCAUACACCAGUACUAGUGUUGCAGCUUUGUCGCGCUGAU